AUGGUGUUCGUAAUGUGGGCGAUUAGGCCAAAAGGCGAGACGUAUGACAUCACAAAUGAAUAUGAUCAAGGUAGUGAUCAUGCUAAAUUAGAUGAUAUUGUACAAGAUCAAGGUGGUGAGAAUCCUAAAUUAGAUGAUGUGGUACAAGAUCAAGCUGAUCAAGGUGGUGACCAUGAUAACUUUGAUUAUGAUGACUUUCAUUAUGAGAACUUUUCUCAUGAUCACUUUGAUCCUUUUGAUGGAGAACAUUAUCAACCACUAGAAGAUGAGAAUGUUGAAGACCAUCAGUCUGAACACGAAAAGUCUGCUGAUAGUGAUGAUCUUGGGCAACAAUCAGAAGAACAAUAUGAUGAACUUGUUGAUGAUGAAAACAAUGUAUCAGAAGUGGAGGUGGAUAUGACUGACUUUAACCUUAAUCUUGAUAAGGAUUAUGGUUGUGUUCAAAUGGAUGGGUUUCAUAAUAGGGUUGGGACAAAUGAUGAACAUAAGGACAUAGAAGUCAUUGACAAUGAUAGAUGGGAUUCUUUAGAUGAAGGAUCAGAAGAUGAAAGGAAAAGAAGAUGUGUUCUUAAAAAUUUGGCUAAGGAGAAAAGAUGCAGUCUUGGUAAUGUCCAUAAGGCCAGUUUUUAUGUUGGGCAAAAGUUUAAAUCAAAAGAAAGAAUUGAAAGAAAAAAUUGA